AUGACUCCUGCCUUCCUCCGGGAAAGCAUAUUUCGUCCGCACUCCCACCCUCCCCAUCUGCGUGUCCUGACUCCAGCAAAAUUCGCCGGAAUCCACCCACGCGUGCUUUCUACACAUUCUGCCCAACUCAAUUCCACGCCCCGCAGCCAAGAACUGCCCCACCAUCCCCAAAUAGCCGCAUCCGCGACUGCCACGAUAAUGGGUAAAAGGACACGAACGUCCAACCAAGAACCCAUCGCCCCGAAUCCGGCCCCCGCUCACGCAUUCCAGGUAACGCUAGAAGAUGGCACAGAGUGCACUGCGGUGAGGGAGGGUCUGGCAACGGUGCUGUUUCCGGAGACUGUCGCUCGGAAGGAUAAGAGUGGGAAUGAUGUCAAGGUGGACGGGCAGGUGUUUUAUAAUCCAGUUCAACAAUUUAACCGAGACUUGAGUGUUUUGGCGAUCCGGGCCUUUGGGGAGGUCUUUUUGAGGGAGAAGAAAGGGAAGAGGGCGGGGAAGAAGAAGGGAGGGAGGGGGAUUGCGGCUGGUGAGCGGGACAGAGCACAGGAAGCGGCCGCCGAGGCGGAAGGGGAGCGAGGGAGGGAGGAGAGAGAUAUAGCGCAGGAGAGACCGAUGAAAACGAGCAUACCGCCCAAGUUCACAAUCCUAGAUGCCCUCUCGGCGACCGGCCUCCGAGCCCUCCGCUACGCUCUCGAAAUCCCCUCCGUCACCCGCACAACCUCAAAUGACCUGGACCCUUCUGCCAGCCAAUCCAUACACCGCAAUAUCCAGUACAACAAAACCCACACCGCAAAGACCAUCGACCCGGCGCUCGCCCCCGAUGCCGCAAUGUCCAAAAUCCACGUCGAAACCGCAAAUGCGACCCACCACAUGUACUCUGUCCUCUCAGCACCGAAACCGCGGACGGGAGAGGAAGAUGCCAACGGCGAGUCGCAGGAGCACCGGUUUGGUAAGUAUGAUGUUAUAGACCUCGAUCCCUUCGGCACUGCAGUCCCAUUCCUCGACGCAGCGGUUCAGGCGGUAAGCGACGGGGGGCUACUCUGCAUCACCUGCACGGACGCCGGGGUGUGGGCUUCGACGGGCUACAGCGAGAAAUGCUUUUCGUUGUAUGGCGGGAUGCCGAUUAAGGGGGAGUGGAGCCACGAGGCGGGUCUCCGGCUUAUAUUGUAUGCAACGGCAACUGCGGCGGGAAGGCAUGGGUGCUCUAUCGAGCCGUUGUUGAGUCUCAGCAUAGACUUCUAUGCCAGGGUGUUCGUGCGGGUACGCAAGAUCCCGCAGGAGGUUAAAAGGCUAGCAAGUACGAGUGUGAUUGUAUAUAAUUGUGAUUCAGGGUGCGGGUCAUGGAGGACACAAUCGCUAGGAAAACGCAAGGUGGAGAAGAACAAGAAGGGGAAUGAAACGUACCUCAAAUUCGGAUUAGCGAUGGCCCCGACCACAAGUUCAGAGUGUCCCGAUUGUGGAUUUCCCAUGCACGUAUGUCCCCCCCCCCUUCCUCUCCCUCAACCUCCCCGACUAAAUCCACCACAGCUCGGCGGCCCAAUGUGGUCCGGCCCCCUGCACUCCCCAGCCUUUAUCACCCACCUCCUCUCAACCCUCCCUACCCAACCACCCGAAAUCUACCAAACCCUCCCGCGCAUCACUGGCAUGCUCCAAACCGCCCUGCAAGAAUCCACACUCCCGGACUCCCCGUUCUUCUUUGUGACCGACCGCCUCGCGCGGACCCUCCACUGCGAGGCCCCACCCUUGGCCGCAUUCCGCGGUGCCCUGAUGCGUCUCGGGUACACUGUUGUGCGGAGCCACUGCAAACCCACCUCCGUCAAGACCGACGCUCCCUGGAGCGUCAUCUGGGAAGUUAUGCGCCGGUGGGUCCGCCAGAAGCCGGCUGGUGAGGGGAAGGUGGUGGAAACGAUGGCUGGUUAUAAGAUUUUGAAAUUCGGAAUGAAGGAGAGCGGCGAGAAUGGGGAGGGAUCCGCGAGGGGGAAGGGGAAGGCGGAGAAGGAGGAGGAGGAGAUGAAGAGGCUUACUUCGCUCGAGGUUGUGUUCGAUGAGGAGCUCGGUAAAGAGAAAGAUAAAGUGAAGGGGGUUGUGAGGUAUCAGAUGAAUCCUACGGCGAAUUGGGGGCCCUUGACGAGGGGUCGAGGGGUUGAGGCCCUGCUUAAAGAGAGCGCUGCGGCUGAGGAGGGGCAUGAGGGCGAGGCAGUGGAAGGGGAGGAAGGAGAGAGCGACCAAGAAGGAAGCACGAGUAAGAGGGCUAGGUGAGUUUUCUCUUCCUCACUCUCUUACUCAACCAGUGUGGGAUGGAGACUGAUGGGCGCAGAACAGGGUAAUGUGGUAAGGUGGGGCAUACAUAGAGGAUACUAAUGGUUUGGCUUUGCUUCAAGUGUAAAAAGGGCGCUGUGUAUCAUAGUCAAGGGGGCCAGGAUGAGGGGGGAAAAACGGAUUAG